GCGUAUUUUGAUAGCAAUAAUAACAAUGGUGUUUUAAAGAGUAAUAUUCUACUUGAGGUUAUCACGAAUAACUUCACGCCCUCUAUAACCAGGAUCAUAACAUUUGCUAAAAUGAUCCCUGGAUUCACGUCUCUACACAAGGAUGACCAAGUGUCACUCCUCAAGUCCGCAUCGCUGGAGGUUCUACUCGUGCGCAUCUCACAUUGGCUCAACGUCAAAGAUGACCAAUUCAUAUUUGCGAAAUACAAGCAAAUGUUUAGCCUAGAGGACUUCAAGGGGACACCUAUGUACGAGAUCGCAAGCGAUGUUUUAGAUUUCGCUGCGAAAUUCAAGGCACUACAGCUAACAAACUGCGAGGUUGCCCUCUUUACCUGUGUCAUACUUUUAAGUUCAG